UAGCGCCGUCGCCAUCUUGACGAGACCGUGAACGCAGCGCUGACAACAACCUACUCACGAUGGCACUCGGUGAAAGUGCGUCCCGCUAGUUUUGCGUUUCUCACCACAAACGGAGGGCAGCGGCUGUCUGAAGAGCGCCGGGGUUGUGUUUGAGAGCGGGCCUGCUCUCAAAGCCGAUGGCCGGCUAAGCGACUCUCUGGCUCCACCGCGGCCUGCUCGGGAGGAGGAAGGGUGGUGACGGCCGCCGACUCCCGACAACACGGCAGAUCCUCGCUCAGCAACAUGCACGUCUAGGUCGACACGCUUUUAACUUUGGGAUAUUUUUGUUCCGAGUGCGAGGCCAGUGUCUUGUGUUAUCCGGAAACCCGCCGGAGACAUGUCGUCCAACUGCACCAGCGCUGCGCUUGUCAGCGCCAGCAAAACCAAGACGAAAAAGAAGCAUUUUAUAGGUCAGAAAGUGAAACUGUUCCGCGCCAGCGAGCCCAUUCUCAGCGUCUUAAUGUGGGGUGUCAACCAUACGAUUAAUGAGUUAGGUAAUGUGCCUGUACCGGUAAUGUUGAUGCCAGACGACUUUAAAGCGUACAGCAAGAUCAAAGUGGACAACCACCUUUUUAACAAAGAAAACCUGCCUAGUCGCUUUAAGUUCAAAGAAUACUGUCCAAUGGUGUUUCGAAACCUGAGGGAGCGCUUCUGCAUCGACGACCAAGACUACCAGAACUCACUGACGAGAAGCGCCCCUCUGAACAGCGACACCCAGGGGCGCUUCGGUAACCGCUUCCUCUCCAGCUACGACCACCGCUUUGUGAUCAAGACGGUGUCCAGCGAGGACAUCGCCGAGAUGCACAACAUCCUGAAGAAAUACCACCAGUUCAUCGUGGAGUGUCAUGGCAACACGCUUCUGCCUCAGUUCCUGGGAAUGUAUCGGCUAACGGUGGACGGCGUGGAGACCUACAUGGUGGUGACCCGGAAUGUAUUCAGCCAUCGUCUCACUGUGCACCGCAAAUAUGACCUGAAGGGUUCCACAGUUGCCAGGGAGGCCAGCGACAAGGAGAAGGCGAAAGAACUCCCCACUUUCAAAGACAACGACUUCCUGAAUGAAGGCCAGAAGCUGCAGAUAGGCGACGACAACAAGAAAUACUUCCUGGAGAAGCUAAAACGAGACGUGGAGUUCCUGGCCACUCUGAAGAUCAUGGACUACAGCUUGCUGGUCGGCAUCCAUGACGUGGAGCGAGCCGAGCAGGAGGAGAUGGACGUGGAGGCCGGGGGAGAGGAGGAGGAGUACGAGAACGACGGCAUGGGCGGCGGCGUGCUCACCGGCUCCUUCGGCACGCCCCCCGACAGCCCCGGGAACCCGCUCAACUGCGGCAGCUUCUUCGGCCCCGGAGAGUUUGAUUCGUCUGUGGAUGUUUACGCAAUCAAGAGCCAAGACAAAGGUGCAGUCAAAAAAGAGGUUUACUUUAUGGCCAUCAUCGACAUCCUCACGCACUAUGACGCCAAGAAAAAAGCUGCACACGCUGCCAAAACUGUGAAACACGGGGCGGGAGCCGAGAUCUCCACAGUCAAUCCAGAGCAGUACUCCAAGCGAUUCUACGAGUUCAUGUCCAACAUCCUGUCAUAGACCCCGCCCCCUACGCCAGCAGCCCCGUCACUGAUCUGUCUAACAACUCGCACUUAUUUUUCUCCCGUCGUCACGUCUGUCCAUCUGUUUAAAAAGAAAAGAAGAAAAGAAAAAGAAACAAGCAGCGAGGAUUGUCCCAGCUCACCGGGAGAUGGACGCCACCUUCUACCCAUCCCGUCGAUCAUCUCCGAGUAGAUGAUUUUGGAACUUUGAUCCGCCGCCUCACGCCAGCACAGGACGUGUCUCACUGCUGCCUUGAACACGUGUGUCCGCUUCUGUCCGUACGCUCCUUCAGUUCCUGUUCACGCCGCUGUUGUCCUCCUGAGUUCUACUCCACAGGUGCGGAACAGUCCGAACGCAUGGCCGAGUCUUCGCCAGUCGCCAUCGCCAAUCUGACGCCAGGACAAACACGCUCAUCUAUUAACUGUGUAUAAAUUAAUGAAUGCAAUAUCCCAAAAAAUGCAUGGCUGAUGUGUACACCAGACUCCAACAUCCAACUUCGCAUCUGAGUGUUUUAACAAAAACAACAAAUCGGUGUUUUGAAUGUUACGUUGCCAUAUUGUUUUUGAAUAUUUGGGGGGAAUUUUAACCAUGAGCUUGGUGGAGGUUGGUCUUAACAAAAAAAAUAUUACACCUAAAAAAAUGGGAAUUCUGCAGCAAAAACAUGUUUUAUUACCAUCAGAAUCAUUUUUAUAUCUUGUUUACAUCAAUGUAGCAAUUUUGUGUUUGUAUACAGUAUUGUUUUGUUACCGACAGACAUUAGAAAAAAAACGGUUACUUGAAAUUGAUUCAUGCAUAUUAAAGGGAGUUUUAUCUUG